CCCUUCUGCUUGGCGCAAAAUCACCAACAGCAGCACCAACGCUCUCUUUGGAAUACUGGGAAUGUGGUGGCAUCACCUGUAGCUCGCAGACGGCGCUUCCCAACGCUUCUCCUGCUGCUUUCCACAGGAAGGAUGGCGCGUGCAGAGCGGCAGCCGCGGCCGAGUCAUCAGCAUCGCACACCAUUCCAUCCUCGUCCAGGUGGCGCGGCCAGGACGAGCUGAUCCCACGGAGAACAAGAGGAAGAGGGAGGCGGCAAGGCAGGAGACGUGAGGGGGAGGAGGAGGAAGGAGAGACAGACAGACGCAAGUGGAAGGAAGCAAAGUGCUGCAUGUGAGGCACCAGGGGGAUAUUUUGGAGGAUAUUUUCCCGCGCACACGGAGAGACGUUCUCUCCUGGAAACAGCGUCCAGAUGAAUCCCAUGACACAGCUUUACUACAAGAAGGCGACGUACUCGCCGUACCGCGACCGCAUCCCGCUGCAGAUCGUGCGGGCCGAGGUGGAGUUGUCUGCAGAGGAGCGAGCCUACCUUACGGCGGUGGAGAAGGGAGACUAUGCGGGUGUCAAACAUGCGCUCCGUGAGGCGGAGGUCUACUACAACAUGGAUGUCAACUGUCUGGACCCGCUCGGUCGCAGCGCUCUACUCAUUGCCAUUGAGAACGAGAACCUGGAGAUCAUGGAGCUCCUGCUCGACCACGGCAUCCACACCGGCGACGCCCUGCUCUACGCCAUUAGGAAGGAGGUGGUGGGCGCCGUGGAGCUGCUGCUGUCACAUCGGCGGCCGAGCGGUGAGAAACAGGUUCCCUCACUGAUGAUGGAUAGUCAGUUUUCAGAGUUCACCCCUGACAUAACUCCAAUCAUGCUCGCUGCUCACACCAACAACUACGAGAUCAUCAAGCUGCUGGUGCAGAGAAAGGUCACCAUUCCCAGACCGCACCAGAUCCGCUGCGACUGUGUAGAGUGUGUCUCCAGUUCAGAGGUGGACAGCCUACGGCACUCGCGGUCUCGACUCAACAUCUACAAGGCUUUGGCGUCACCCUCACUCAUUGCACUGUCCAGCGAGGAUCCGAUCCUGACGGCCUUCAGACUGGGCUGGGAACUCAAAGAGCUCAGCAAGGUGGAGAAUGAGUUCCGUCAGGAGUAUGAAGAGCUUUCUCAGCAGUGUAAACGUUUUGCCAAGGACCUUCUGGACCAGGCUAGGAGUUCCAGAGAACUUGAGACCAUCCUGAACCACAGGGACAAUGACCACAGUGAAGAACUGGACCCCAGACAGUGCCACGACCGGGCCAAACUCAAGCUAGCCAUCAAAUACCACCAAAAAGAGUUUGUGGCACAACCUAACUGCCAACAGCUGUUGGCCACCUUGUGGUAUGACGGCUUCCCAGGCUGGAGGCGGCGCCACUGGGUGGUCAAGCUGGUCACCUGCUUCAUCAUCGGACUCCUGUUUCCCGUCUUCUCACUGGUCUACCUGCUGGCCCCCAAAAGCACGCUGGGACGCUUCAUCAAGAAGCCCUUCAUCAAGUUCAUCUGUCACACAGCAUCCUACCUGACCUUUCUCUUCCUGCUGCUGCUGGCCUCGCAGCACAUCGCCCGCACCAACCUGCACAUGCAGGGGCCGCCGCCCACUAUCGUGGAGUGGAUGAUUCUGCCGUGGGUUCUGGGAUUCAUCUGGGCAGAGAUAAAGGAGAUGUGGGACGGGGGCUUCACAGAGUACAUCCAUGACUGGUGGAAUCUGAUGGAUUUCGCAAUGAACUCCCUCUACCUGGCCACCAUAUCACUGAAGAUUGUGGCCUAUGUAAAGUACAACUCUUCUCGGCCGAGAGAGGAGUGGGAGAUGUGGCACCCGACGCUUAUCGCCGAGGCACUGUUCGCCAUCGCCAACAUCUUCAGCUCGCUCAGACUCAUCUCGCUCUUCACCGCCAACUCGCACCUGGGGCCACUGCAGAUCUCGCUGGGGAGAAUGCUGCUGGACAUCCUCAAGUUCCUCUUCAUUUACUGCCUGGUCCUGCUGGCGUUUGCUAACGGUCUGAACCAGCUGUACUUCUACUACGAGACCACAGCCUCAGAGGAACCCAACAACUGCAAGGGCAUCCGUUGCGAACGACAGAACAACGCUUUCUCAACGCUUUUUGAGACGCUGCAGUCGCUCUUCUGGUCCAUUUUCGGUCUGCUCAACCUCUACGUCACCAACGUGAAGGCGCGUCACGAGUUUACCGAGCUCGUGGGAGCGACCAUGUUCGGGACGUACAACGUGAUCUCGCUGGUGGUUCUCCUCAACAUGCUCAUCGCCAUGAUGAACAACUCGUACCAGCUCAUUGCCGACCACGCCGACAUCGAGUGGAAGUUUGCCCGCACCAAGCUGUGGAUGAGCUACUUUGACGAGGGCGGAACGCUGCCACCUCCAUUCAACAUCGUUCCCAGCCCCAAGUCCGUCUGGUACCUGCUCAUGUGGCUCCACAACAAGCUGUGUGGCCGAGGACAGCUGCCCGAGGACGACCCGCACAAGUGCGAGAACCUGCGGGAGUUCACAGAGCGUCAUGCUGACAGUCUGAUACAGAACCAGCACUACCAGGAAGUCAUCAGGAACCUGGUGAAGAGGUACGUGGCCGCCAUGAUCCGCAGUGCCAAGACGGACGAGGGUCUGACAGAGGAGAACUUUAAGGAGUUGAAGCAGGACAUCUCCAGUUUCCGCUACGAGGUCCUGGAUCUCCUCGGCAACAGACGUCCUCCUCGCAGACACUACUCGUCUUCCAGCGAGGCAGCCAGAGAUGAUGGCGGCGUGGCCUCGGAGGACGACACCGAGCCGGGCGACGGCCAGCGAUCAAAGAGCGUGACCUUCACCACGCCACUGGUGGAUGACUCUCGGCCUGCGCCGACAUUGGGCGUCUCGGCCUUGGUGCGCUCCAUCUCCGGGAUGGGCGGUGUGGAGAAAGAGGGCGAGGCAGAAGAGGAGGAGGAGGGAGGCAUGUGCUGGGGGGAGGAGGGGGAGGAAGAGGAGGAGGAGGGCAAACCAAAGAGCAACGGGCUGAAAACGACGGGGGUCCUACUUUCUGCCACCACCACCCUUCCAUCGUCAUCACUGGCAUCAGCACUGUCGUCCUCGCUGGCUCGCACGAGGAGCCGCCUGCAGCGUCUCUCGGCGCCAACGGCAAAGACGGACUCCUUCAAGCGCCUGUCCUUCCUGUUCUCCCGCUCCAAACGCAGAGCCCCACCCAUGCCGCUCCCCCUUCAAGCCCCGCCUUCUUACACCAUCUCCGACGGGCUGCUCCUACCAAGGGGGGGCCGCACUGACUUGGGACUGGGUCACGUGACCCGGAGCGAGACUCGCCUGAACGAGGUGGGCCGCUCGGUGGACGUCAGCAGCCCCUCCUUCUCAUCACGCAGAACAAACGGACGCGAUUCGCUCCUGACGCUCCCCCCACCGCCACCAUGCCCGUGCCAGUCGCUACACUGCACCUCCAACAUGUCCGAGUCUAGCUCACGCCUCCUGGACUCCAGUGAGGACGUUUUCCAGGUCGGCGGCAGCGUGGAAGGUGCUGGGGGGGGCGGACUGAUGAUGAUGAUGGGCGGGUGGGUGGGACCCUGUGACGAUGUCAUUGAGGACAGCUGCGAGGUCAUCGAGGACUCGGUCAGCACGCAACUAUAGAAGACGACGUCCGACUGGCCCGUGAUGUUUCGAGAGAGGAGGUGGGCCCGGUUGCAAGGCACGCCCACUGGAACGGGACAUCUAGCUAGCUGAACAUGCAUUAGCCUGUCAACGAGCCAAUUAGCGCAUUAGGCAUUCGCGUGUUUGUUUUUUUUAUGCGAUGACAUCACUUUGCAAUAACACUACGUACACAUUUCUCGGAAAGUCUGUCAGUCGUUUAUGGAAAGACGAGCAGCAAGACGUCAAUGAGGAAGGAAUAAAUGGACGCGCUCGUUUGUCCCUUUAAGCAAUUUUACCCACUGGAACACCAACAAGUACCAGGACUGGACCAAAGUCAAAAUCGCCUGAGGAGGACAAAGGGAAGACCCGCCCCUUAACACUGCUGUAAUAGCCUGCACCCUUCCUCAGCCCGAACCCCACCCCGCCUUUCUGCACCAAUCAGGGCCAAGGAACUGUUUCUAACACUUCUACUAGUAAUAACAACACUAAUAAUAAUAAUAAUAAUAUUAAUAAUAAUAAUAAUAAUAAUAAUAAGGACUAUUGUGGUUUGCUUCUUGUUGCCUCCAAGACUCCACUCAUUCAGUUCUUCCGUCUUUUUGUUACGUUUUUUUUUUUUUAAGCUGCUCAACAAAACAAACGGACGUGAAAGACGCCAGGAAGUGACGGCGGAGGAUGAGUGAGGACACGCAGCACUUUUGUCUUUUUGCUACCAACUCGAACCUUAUUUUCCUGUAGAAGGUUCUUUAGGAGUCAUUCUGGCAUGAGCGGACAACUUCGACGCGACUGUCAGCGCUACACAAUUUAUGCAUGUUUGAGCGCGCGCGCACACACACACACACACACACACACACACACACACACACCGCUUCCUCCACAUCAAUCGUUGAUCUUUGCCCUCGUAACGUAAGGCUGCAGUAACCAUGAACGCCGCCAGGGGCGUGUUUUCCUGUCGGGUUGCCAUGGCAGCCUACUGCAAUACAGAGGGGGCGGGCCAUUAAUCACCAUGACAACACAGAAGCCUCUUAAAGGGCACUUCCACCCCCAAAUAUUAGAAAUGAACACGCUUAUUGACAAGUAUUGAUUGCUCUAAAAGCUCAUUUGAUCAAUGAGCACACACACACACACAGCUCAAUCAAUCAUUCUGAUAGAUUAAUAUCAGUAAUGGCUGUCUGAUUCGGAGUGUGUAUGCGCGCGUGUGUGUGUGUGUGUGGGUGGGUGUGUGUUGUCCCACUGCCUCUUUAGAAGACAAAUCUCCUUCGGUGACACACAGACUUAGCCACCACUGUCUCUUGAGGGCGGGGCUUCAUUAUGUUUAAUUCCCACGUGCACACACACACACACACACAUGCAUGCGCCCACUCACUUGGACACACAUGUGAUGAGUGUACACACAUACACACACACAGAACGUUAUGACUUUGACAAUAAGAUUUAUGUUCCGACAACAGUAGGAAAACAAGGACAAACACACAGGGCGUGAACAAAAGCAGUGUGUGUGUGUGUGUGUGUGUGUGUGUGUGUGUGAGAGAGAGAGAGAGAGAUGUUCCUUGCAUUAAUCAUAAUACUUAAGUACCAAUAUAAAAUGAUAUAAGUGUGUGUGCGUGUGAUCACAGACUCAUAUGGCCAGCACACAAAUUAAAGCUUUCAGGUGUCAGACACACACACGCACACACACACACACACACACACGUGACAUCAGGUGCCCCCUUCACCCUUCAAGGGUAUUUUCAGCUUUAAAACAAAAAAAAACUCUCCUUUGUUUUUCCACUGAAUGAACGUAUGAUUGUGUUAUUUUUCUAGAAGCAGCCGCUAGCGCACGUUGUUGACUUUAAUAAAAGCAUCCUUACAAAAAAAUUAUAUUUUAUCUUUUAAGUGUUGGUUUGUUCAAACAAAGCCCAAGAGGAACUCUUCAUUGGAAGUGACUUCCAAAAAAGGAGCCCAUUUGAGUCGUGCUGCUUCUGAAUACAACCCCCCCCCCCAACUAUUCUACUUCCUGUGAGGCCUUUUUCAGUGUUUGCAUGCGUUUCCUGUGUGGACACCAUGUAUGAAUGCAACAGUCAGCAGGGGGCGCCACUUAAAGCACUAGCUAGCUUAAGCAACUUCAGUUAACCUCUUCGGAAAUGUUUUAUAAAUGCACACAUCGCAACACAACGUAGCACAAAAUACAACGUAUGAAUGAAACAGUUAAAGCACUAGCGCACAAGCUAGCUUAAGCAACCUCAGCUAACUUCAUUGGCUAUUUUCUCUAGCUAUGCACACAACACACUAUGGUCCAAAUAUGCACACUGACCAAAAGGAAACAGUUUUUCAAAACACCACAUUGUCCAUGAGCUGAUUGUGUGACUGUUGAAAGGUCUUUUUGCUGCUUCAAUAGCGUGUGUGUGUGUGUGUGUGUGUGUGUGUGUUUCGCACAAAGCUCUUGUGUGGGCUGCACUGCUGAAUAGGAACCAGCUUUCAUCUUUUCUCUCUCGCACGCUGCAUCCAGCUCCCCUCCACCAACUCAGUGUCAACUUGUGCUAUGAGACACACACUCAUCUGCCAGCGUGCGUGUGUGUGUGUGUACGAAAUGAGGAGCCGGCUGUCCUUUUGGCAGGCAGCAGCACGUUGAAGCACCUCUCACAAUAAGUGGACCAUCAUUGAAGGACCGAGGAACACUCAUCUACACCAUCGCACCAACGUGAAAUAACAGUUAUCAUUAAAUCAAUGACGUAGAUGUACUUUUAUAUUCUAUAGAAAACAUACAUGGAGAAAAUCAAAAACUCUCACAUUUUUGCAGAUGUGUAUGUUUGCUGCAUGAAAAACUCACCACAAUGUUGCUCCUCGACUUGAAUGAGAAUUGAGCCUGAAGGCCCCAAAAGUUGUUAAAGUGUCAUCUGGGAUGAUGUUUGCUCCACAGGGAAAAUCUGUUGACACACAAAUCACUUCAGCAUUGACUCCAAACACAAAUCAACUUUAAAGAAUAGGAUCAUCCACGUCUUGGUAAACUACAGGAUGUAAAAAACAAACAAACAUCAACAUUGUUUUAAAUGGAUUUAAAUGGCGCUCUCUGGUGGAAUAAAUUAAAACUGCAACCUCAGUUCUGCGCUCCAUCUCAAUACCUAGCAUUGCGAGUGCUUAAAUGCUUUCACAAUGAGAAGCACAGGGAAAUGCAGCGCGCCGUCAGUACUUCGAUGUUCCACUUAACACGCAGCAAAUGGCGGCGUCAUCAUCGGCUGUGUUUUCAUUCGCCCACUUCCGUAUUUAUACUGCACUUCUGUAUGUAUACCAUGAACGCUGCUUUCCUUGUGGCGCGAAUUUUGACAGUGACACCGCUGUCCCAAAUCGAUUACUGUUGUUUGCGCACUUACCGGAAAUGACAUCGUGAUAUUGAUCAGUUUUCGCUUCUUCUCCUCUCCUUUUUAAAUUGUGAAUUUGCAAGUGUUGAGUGCAACAUCCAGGGUACUGACGGUGCAUUGUAUUUUAACAAGGAACGCACUUCAACAGUGAAAACGCUAAUCGUAAGUAUGGAAGUGCGCAAAUUGAAACACAGCCAUCGCCAUCUUGGCAACGUACCCCCUC